AUGAGUGUUGUUUUUACAAAACCUCAGAUCAAUGGCCUUAUGUGCAAGAACAGAAUCAUGAGAUCAGCUACAUAUGAAGCUCUUGCUGAUGAGCAUGGCUUUCCAACACCUCGUUUAACAUCAAUUUACACAGCUCUUUCUCAAGGCGGCUGCGGAUUGAUCGUUUCUGGUGGUGUUUAUACAGAAAUGCAAGGAAGAACACACAGAACACAACUUGGCCUUAUUAAUGAUCAGCAGCAAGAUGCUUUAGCUAAAAUGGUUGAAGCAAUUCAUGAGCACAAGGGAUUAAUUAUGUUCCAGCUUAACCACGGUGGCGCCUCCACAAAGAAGGAAUUCACAGGUGGAUUAGUUCCUCUUGGUCCAUCUAAGGUUAACAAAUUCACAGAAGCCAUGACACACGAUGAUAUCAUGCGUACAAUCGAAUGCUUCAUAUCUACAGCCAAGCGUACAUACGCUACUGGUGCGGAUGGCAUCCAGCUUCACGCUGCUCAUGGAUAUCUUCUUGGUGAAUUCAUUUCACCAAUCUGGAACAAGAGAACAGACGACUAUAGUGGUUCUGUUGCUGGCCGCUUCAGAAUUGUCAAGGAAAUCGUUGAAGGCAUCAGAUCCGUCUUACCAUCACCAUUUGCUAUCUCUAUCAAGAUGAACGGACAUGAUAUCGAGCCAAAUGGCGUUACACUCCAGUCUGCCAUCGAAACAGCUAAGCUUGCCCAAGCUUGUGGUGUUGAUAUGAUCGAAAUCUCUAGUGGCAGUGGAAGGAAACCAUACUCCCUCUUAGGAGAAAUCGAUUUCGAUUACUCCUUCAAGGAUCCAAAGAAGAGAGAAGCAAUGAGAAAGCGUUUAAGCGAUAUCCACUUCAAGCCAACAUUCAACUUAGAAUAUUCUCGCGAAAUCAAGAAACAUGUUAAGAUACCAGUUGCCUGCGUUGGUGGCUUCCGCAAACUUACAGAGAUGGAAGAUGCCAUCAAGAGUGGCGCAUGCGACAUCGUUUCUCUUUCAAGAGCUUUCAUCAGAGAGCCAAUGCUCAUUAACGAUCUUAAAUCCGGAAAAAUCAAAGAAUUAUCAUGCAUUUCAUGCAACAGAUGCUUCUUUGAGGCAAUGGCCGAGAAACCAUGCAAAUGCCUUCAACCAUACUAA